CGGGCUGAGUGAUCCCUACGGCCUUGACCAUGAGCGGGGCCGCUGCGUGGGGCUCGCGGGCUGGGGCGCUCUCGGGCUGGAGGACGGCCCGGGGACUCCCUGUCUUCCUGGGGCUGCUGCUGCUGCUGCGGGCGGGGAGCCCGGCCAGCCCCGGCAGCCCCGCCACGGGGCAGGCUCCUCCCCGCUUUAACGUGAGCCUGGACGAGGCGGCCACCCAGCGCUGGCUGCCCGUGCUGCGGCACUUCGACCCAGGCUUCCUCCGGGCAGCCUUAGCCACCGUCAUCCGGGAAACUGUCCCCAGCUGGGUUCAUGAGGCUCUCAAACCACUGACUGCAAAGAUGGACAAAUUCCUGCCUCAGCCCUUUGAAGGCGAGAUUAGGGGAAUAUGUGACGUACUGAACAUAACCGUUGGAGAUGGUAUUCUCAUCAACCUUGCCUAUGAGUUUAGUGCAUUCUGCACCAGCAUCAUCGCCCAAGAUACCAGUGGCAACAUUUACCAUGGUCGGAACUUGGAUUAUGCAUUUGGAAAUCUUUUGAGAAAGUUGACAAUAGAUGUGCAGUACAAAAAGAAUGGGCAGAUUGCAUACACAGGGACAACGUUCGUUGGCUAUAUCGGUUUAUGGACUGGACAAAGUCCCAAAAAGUUUACAAUUUCUGGUGAUGAACGAGCCAAAGGUUUUUGGUGGGAGAAUGCGGUGGCAGCUCUUCUCAGAAAAUAUUGUCCCGUGAGCUGGCUUCUCAGGAAUACCUUGGAAGAAGCUGAGAAUUUUGAAGCUGCUGUGAUCAAGCUGGCCAAAACACCCAUCGUUGCAGAUGUUUACUAUAUCGUUGGAGGUGUGUCCCCCAAGGAAGGGGUGGUCAUCACCAGAAAUAGAGGUGGUGUUGUAGACAUCUGGCCUCUUGAUCCUACAAAUGGAGAGUGGUUCCGGGUUGAGACGAAUUAUGAUCACUGGAAACCAACUCCCCCAUGGGAUGACCGAAGAACACCUGCUAUCAAGGCCCUUAACACAACUGGACAGGAAAAUAUCAACUUGGAUACACUUUUUAAGGUUUUGUCAGUGUUUCCAGUUCUGAACAAUUUAACAAUUUACACAACAGUAAUGAGUGCCGCAAACCCAGACAAAUACAUGACUCGGAUCAGAAACUGAGGGCAAAAGACGUAAAAAGAAAAAGUUGACUUCUCAUAUGCUGCACUUAAAAAAAACCCAAGUGAAUGUGUUAUAAUCUUUUGUGAAGAUACCCACGUUAUGCUGCUCUGCCACAUCCAAAGAGGAUCCUAUAAAACCAGUUUUAGUAAAGAGGACAAUGAUAGCUGCUGCCCAAAGGGGUUAUAUUUUUCAAAUUCAUUCAAAAAUAAUAUUCAGAAUUUCUCCUGAUUCUAUUUAUCCCAAUUUAAAGAUCCCCAAAAGACAGGGAGUGGAUGCUGUGGGCUCUUGUCUGUCCAAGAAUCCAUCCUGUUAAUAAAUACAUAGAUGUCCACCUCUCCAUGCCCCAGGCUAUCCACCUGUUAAGUGAACUGGUGAAAGUGAAUGAAUUAUUGUAAAGUGUUUGAGGAAGAAAUAGAAUUCCAACAGAUGCAAACAUUGAGCCUGUAUGAUGCCUUCCAUUUUGGAUAGCAAAAGCAUGAUCUUUUAUUAUAUUAUUCUAUGCAACUGAUAUUUCUGAUCUUUUAUGAAGUUUCUGCUUAAAUUUCUGCUACACUUGAAUCAGUUAAAAAAACACAACUAUUUUCUUAUUGCUUCUAAAUAGUAACCAACCCUUCCAGCCAUUGCUAUGAUUGUGCUGGGUUAGGCAACAAAUUGAAAAAUAAUUUUGAACAAAUGAAUAAAAGUUUUAUAAAGUUACUGUAA